AUGCGGUUCAACCGGGGUUCGGGGGGUUGCCUGCACCCCAACCCCGCUGCCUGGGACCCGGGGGAGAGUGCAGACACCGAGAUCGACUGGAAGGCCUACAUGGAGGAGGUGGAGGGGUUUGCCAACGGGACCCUCGACUACACCCAGCUGAAGGGCGACACCGGGCCGCUGGUCUACCCCGCCGGCUUCGUCUACAUCUUCCUGGGGCUGUACUACGCCACGGGCCGCGGCACCGACGUCCGCCUGGCCCAGUACCUCUUCGCUGGCCUCUACCUCCUCAACCUUCUCCUCGUCUUCCGCAUCUACUGCCGAACCAACAAGGUCCCCCCGUAUGUUUUUUUCUUCAUGUGCUGCGCCUCCUACCGCAUCCACUCCAUCUUUGUCCUGCGGCUCUUUAACGACCCUGUCGCCAUGGCCAUCCUCUUCCUUGCCAUCAACCUCUUCCUGGAGGAACGCUGGUCCUGGGGCUGCCUUCUCUUCAGCCUGGCUGUGUCUGUGAAGAUGAACAUCCUGCUCUUCGCGCCCGGACUUCUCUUCCUCCUCCUCCAACGGUUUGGUCUCCUGGGCUGUAUCCCCAAGCUCUGCAUCUGUGCCCUGCUCCAGGUGAUUCUGGGGCUGCCCUUCCUGCUGGUGAACCCUGUGGGAUACCUGACUCGCUCCUUUGACCUGGGCCGCCAGUUCCAGUUCAAAUGGACGGUGAAUUGGCGCUUCCUCCCAGAAGAGGUUUUCCAGAAUCGGGCUUUCCACGCUGCGCUGCUUCUGGCUCACCUGGCUGGCCUGGGGCUCUUUGCACUGCACCGGUGGCACAGGUCCAAAGAGAGCAUCCUGGCUUACCAGCCUGACCCGGGGGAAGGAGUUGUGCUCUGCGCCUCCCGUGUUUGUCCCCUUAAUGCCAGUGCACAGAUCGUCUUCAUCCUCUUCUCCUCCAACUUCCUGGGCGUCUGCUGCAGCCGAUCCCUGCACUACCAGUUCUACGUCUGGUAUUUCCACACGCUGCCCUACUUACUCUGGUGCACCCCUACCGCCAAGCUCGCCCACAUGCCCAAGGUGCUGCUGCUGGGUGUGAUCGAGCUCUGCUGGAACACCUACCCCUCCACGGUCUGCAGCUCCCUCUCCCUCCACAUCUGCCACGGACUCGUCCUGCUCCAGCUCUGGUACGGCACGGCCCCCCCACCGGCACCGCACACCCCCCCGCCGAGCAGGAGGCCCGCACCCAUCUCCAAGAAGGCCCAGUGA